AUGUGGCCGACAUCUUACGGAACUAGCUCCCAAGAGAGAGCCGCUGCGGGCCGUCUGUUGGUGCCUAGCCAGCGUGCCAGGGAGCUGGUACAGGGCGGCAAAGCCGCAGGUGCCUGGUACCUCCCCAGGCAACUAUCUGCGGCACAACCACCUCUCCACGAUACCCCCCCAGGUAAAUCCUUCUCCUGCCAGCUCCUCCACGCUCCUCGGAUCUCGAUUCGAACCGAACGAAGCACCCACGGCCCUGAUUUCUACCUGCCCGCGAGAUAUUAA